AUGGAUGCUCUGGAUGGAUGGACCUUGGGUAGGGAGCGAAAAUUUGAGUGUGCAAUUGUGUGUUACACCAGCCGACAGAGGAGCAUGACAGAGCUUGGCGAUGAAAAAGUUACGGGGGUUAAGCUAGUGGUAAAAUGUAGGCAUGUGCCAAUUAAUGCACUUGUGGAAAUGGAAAUAGAAAAGAAAAGAAAGACACUGAUGAAACAAGAGGAAAAGAAUGGAGUUUUGAUAUAUCAUAUGCAUUACCAAGAUGGUGUGAUACAUGGGAUUUCAUGA